AUGAUGCUGCUAUACAAGAGCUGGAGCCAUCUCUAUCCGUCACUGAGCAAAACCUGGCAGACCGAGUUCGGUACAUCCUGCGCUCCAACAUAUUUGGUUCCGAUACGACGUGAGGCUGUUCCCUCAUCGGAUGGAAAUGCUACGGCUGGGAAUGCGGCGCCACUAAUUGCGCAGCAAACUGCAAAUGUGGACGCUGCCGUCAAUAUUCCAUUUGUGGUUGAUUCAGACGAUGAUGGAAUAGUCCCCCACGAACUAGAGAAAAUGAGGAGCAUAUUGGAAGAGUCGAUGCUGGAAACGCGCAGCAUGCCUCUCGAAAAUCGACCGCGACUUCCCCGCAUACCCCUUAGCAAGCGAAAUCGGGCUGUCGUGCGGGCUCUUAACCCAAUGCUGGUGACCUAUUUGGAAGCCAGCCGGGACCUUUGCGAGACGGACUCAAUUCUUUUUGGCGCCGCACUGGCAGUAUGCCGUAUUAUUGGCGCCAAACUUCCCAUGGCUGGACGUGCUACUCAACAAGGUAGUGCCAUCCCAGCCUGGAGAAAAAGAAUCGAGGACCGUAUCGCAAAGGCAAGGGCCCUUAUCAGCAGACUGACAAGCUUCAGGUCGGGUAAUAUUAGACCGAGAGUUGUGCGCACCGUUAGAAUGGCGUUUGCUGGGACAAAUAUUAGUUUGUCCCAGCCGGAUAUCACGCAGAAACUAACGGAGCGCAUAGAUGACCUGAAGCAAAAAAUCGCUGCUUGGGGGAAGCGGAUUCGACGAUUUAGCGAGAGGUCAAGGCGGUUUAACCAAAAUCGUCUCUUCCAGAGUGAUCAGAAGAGGAUCUAUAAAUCAUUGGAGCGACUAGAGGUAUGUGGAGCGGGCCCAGGACCGGAUCAGGCUGACACUGUCGCAUUUUGGCGUGGCCUGUGGUCAGAACCCGUAAACCACAGCGAGGGCCCUUGGAUGGAAGUUGUGGCGAGCCAGAGUGCAAGUGUUACGCCUAUGGACCCCGUCACCAUAACGCCUGAAGACGUGGCUAAGGCGGUCCGUAGGGCCCCGAACUGGAAAAGUCCGGGGCUCGACGGGCUGCAUCAUUACUGGCUGAAGGGGUUCGUAGUGUGUCACGCUGUGCUCACCCGACAGUAUCAAGAGGCUCUCGAUCAGAAGUCGCUCCCGAGCCUCUUCACUACUGGGAUCACUCACUUGGUUCCUAAAGAUCAGGAUACCACAGACCCGAGCAAAUACCGCCCCAUCACGUAUAUUGAAAUGUACCAAUUUUUAGAGAUAGGAAUUUGCGGUGGUAUUGCUCAAUGUUCUUUAAGAUAUGCAAAAGCAAACAAUAAAUACAUGUCCUAUUAG